ACUAUGGAAACGGGCAGAGACGCUUCUCCCCCUCCCCGCUCCGCGGUGGAUUGGCUGUGUCGGAAAGAUGGUUUUAGGGUCGCUGGAAGGCUCGAGGAGGUGACGCGAGCUCCGCUGUCGCGAGAAACACCGGAGGCCCGGAGGAGCGGCGCCAUUCACCGCGAGUGACGAGGGUUUAGUCGGAGUUUGAACCGCCCUGCAGGUUGAGGCAGAAACUGGAGGAAGAGCUCGGCUCGAGAGGUGUCUGGACCAUGCAGAUGGAUCAGGGUGUGCCCACCGAGUCGGCCACCGCGAUGGCCCCUGAAGACCCUGCAGCCAGCUUGUUCCCGCCGCCGCUGUCCCAGCCCCGGAUUUGCAUGUGGAAGUAUUGGGACAUUCAUUCCAUGCAGCAGCUGGAGAAGACCACCACCAUGGACGAGACCAGGAAGCUGCUGGCUGAGAUGCUGGGGCUCAGCUGCCCAUCGCAGAGCCCACGGGAUGCCAUCUUGUUGGACCUCUUCUCCCACGCCCUGGUCUUCUGCCGCCAACAGGGCUUCUCGCUUGAGCAGACGUCUACAGCGUGUGCCCUGCUGCAGGACCUCCACAAGGCCUGUGUUGCAACGCCUCUGGGCAAUGUGGAGGAGUGCUACCGCUACUUCAGCAGCAUCCUUUUUUGCCAUGGAAUCCGGCGGCCCCCAUUCAGCAUCGACCUCUUUAAGGAGGAACAGCUGCUGGCCCUGGCCGACUAUGUAGUCAACACCUACUUCCGCCACUUCAAACUCUACAAAUACGUCUUCACACCCCAGGUGCGGCUGGAUCUGUCUUUGACUUAUGUCGGGCUACAACCACCCAAGCUCUUGCUAGAGCAGAAAGAAGGUGAGGAGGCAGAGGAGCUGGCUACCUCCCAUGAGGAGGAGGCACCUGAGGGAGAGGCCCAGCCAGAGCAAGAGCCAAGCCAGGUCUGCGCCCUCCGCACCUACAUCAAGACCCAACUGAACAAGGAGCUGGGGCAGCUCCAACAGCUGGUGGAGGAGCGGCUCAAGGCCAGCGAGGACAGACUCAACAGCAAGCUGAGCACGCUCGAACGGCCCUUGCAGCCAACUGCCGCCAAAGGGAAGAACAAGGCCAAGUGAGCCCCAGCUCUGGGACCCCAAUAAAGGCCUAGGCUGGAGCUACCCCAA